GAGGAGAGAAAUGAUGUUUUGAUCGAAACGCUGUCGUUCGUUCGUUCGUUCGCGCGUUCGUCAUCUUUCGAAAUUCUUUCUGCGGACUGUGUCCCACCUUUCGACCUCUGAGAGGCACGUUUCCGCGGCUAGUCCGUCAUUCUUCGUUCAUUUCCCCCUGUCUGGGACAGCUGGUCGUUUAGUCUUUUACAUUUCAAGAACCCUCAAGGCAUACGUCAUUCACUAUCAUGUUCUCGAAUUCCCAUUUCACGUCCUUCUCUACUGCUCAGGCAAAUGGAUUGAUCGUCGUUUCCGUGUUCGCCUUGUUAUCUGCGUUAGCGCUCGCUUUCAUAGUUUUCAGGAGUAUCCGUCUUGUGGUUAUCCCCUUAUUCCAGCGUAAUGGGUCUGCGUGCAGAGCUCCGGAGAACCUAUUCUUCCGUACUCAGCUGGGCCAUUAUGCUGCCUCCCUUGUUUUAAGCAAUGUUUUCCUCACCGCAGCUGGGCUUAUGGAGUUUUUCUGGGUCAAACAAUCUGGGAUCCAUCAAGGCUCCAUGUGCACUUUUCAAGCUGUCCUCAUGCAGAUUGGUACCUGGUCCACCUGUUUCUUCUCUGUUGCUAUCGGUAUCCACACGUGCAACUCCCUGGUGUUUCGUCUCUACCAAAUUAGUUAUCUGAGCGUCGUGGUUAUCGCGUUUGGAUGGAUCAUGUCGCUCGUGAUUGCACUAGCACCUGUCAGCCAAGCUGGUGUCUAUGGGCCAGUCACCGUUUCCUGUGGCGUCACAACGGCAUAUCCCAGCAAGAUAUUUGGGCUUGAAGCUUUUCCAAUCAUUCUCGUCUCUGUGCUUUCGGUCAUUAUUUACUCCCCGAUAUUCCUUGUUCUCCGGGGUAUUCUGCAUGUCAAAGGUGGCAUCAAAUUGACUUUCAAGGCCCAGGGACGAUGGUGUGCUGUGACCGACUCGGAGGAAUACCACCGCUUCAUGGUAGCUGUCGCGAAGACGAUGUUUUGGUACCCUAUCGCAUUCGUCUCCCUCUUGUUGCCGAUCGUGGUUGCAAAUAUGGCACAAUUCUCUGGUCAUGCCAUCCCAUUCGGAGCAGAUGUGUUUGCGCAUGUAUGCUGCUCUAUGCUUGGGCUUGUCAAUGUCGGUCUUCUGUACAACACCUUCCGCGUGCUCAGUCCAGUUUUCCAUGGUUCAACACUGCCCAAGAUUCAGGUCGAUACAGAGAAGACUUUUGGAAACGACGCGUUCGACGAAUCGCCUAUUCUCCCCUCAGUUGCUUACAUGCCCAAAGGAUCGCUUUUGCCUCUGUACGAUGAUGCCUCUAAGGCAAUAUCCCCAGUUUCGCUGUCAGAUUUCCCCCAGUGAAAUACCACUCUCGCAACUCGUCCACCGCAAGUAUUGAUUCCGCGACCCAAUUGUUGCGCAUCAAAAGGACACCCUCGAGGUUUCACAAGAUGAGGGUCAGGCAGAGCGGGUCGUUACUGCCUCUGCCUCGUACCAUUCUCACUCCUGCGGAGCUCAACCGCCAGCUCGAUGCUGCGUCUGAUACGGAGAAUUUCAAGGGUCGCAACCUUCGCCUUGAUUUGCCUCAGAUGGCUGAGGUCAACACAUCCAGAAUGGCCGUUGUAACUGUCAGCCUAUCGCCUGCACCUCGUU